AGUCCCGCCUUAACCUUGCUUUCACCCAUUUUUUUUUUCGGUUCCAGUAAAACAGAAAUGACGAUUCCAGGGCUUAAUUGAAAAAGUUGGAACGAAGUUCAGGCUUAAGAGGAUGAACUGUAUUUUAAGGGCCAGGAUCAUAUGUUUCAAAACGUUUCUCACAAAACUUAACAGACAGACCAGGUAUAAUUAUUCGAAUAAAGACAGGAAGAAUGUACCGGAUAAAACCAUUAUCUCAGCGGAUAAAUCAAACAUUAAAGCACCUAACUCUUCGAAUAAAGAAACCAAGAAGGUACUAGAUAAAACUAUUGUCUCGGCGGAUAAAUCUGACAACAAAGGACCAAACAUUUCGAAUAAAGAAACCAAGAAAUCAUCAUCGGAUAAAACGGUUGUCUCAGCGCAUAACUCAGACAUUAAAGGGCCCUUUUUCAUAGCCGCUCACGCCUCCACUGGUUUUUGCAGGGCUGGACUGGUCAACGAUGAGGGUAUUCUAGCUAAAAUAGCUCUGGAACCUUGUACACUGUAUCACUCUGGAGUAUUUUACGAAGUAUCGUCGGAUCAAGUUUGGAGUUGUUUGGUUGACUGUAUAAAGAAAUUAAGUGAAGGUGUGAACAAAAACGACAUCAAAGCGAUAUGUUUCACUGCCAGACCUGCAUUGGUGUGUGUGGAUAAUGAAGGAAAACCAGUCACAGCCAGUGUUUCACGAGAUCCAUCAAGGAACGUCAUCCUGCACUACGAUCAAAGAUCGAUGCAGGAAGUGGAAAAAAUCAACAAAACCCGUCACAACCUUUUGCAGUAUUUUGGAGAGCGAGCACUACCCGAACUGCAAGAAUCGAAAAUAAUGUGGUUGAAAAAUAAUCUGGAGAAGGAUUGUUGGAAGAAAGUGGGCAGCUUUUUCGAACUGACGGAUUUUUUAACUUGGAAAGCUACAGGUUCUCAAACUAGAUCAUCUAGUAUACUGACGUCAAACUGGAGUUACGAAGUGGCUGUUAACGGCGUUGAAGGAUGGAACAGGGACUUUUUCAAAGAAAUUGGCUUGGAAGAGUUGGAAAAUGACGACUGGAAGAAAAUUGAUCUACCACCCCUUAAAAUAUCUGCACUUAUUUCUGGGACACCCUGUAUGUUUGAUAAACAAAUAGGAUCAACAAUACAAGCAGCGGGUCUGCCAGUUGGCGAAGGCUUGUCGGCCAGUGCAGCAGAAGAAAUUGGCUUGCCAAAGGGUUUACCAAUAGCAACGUCCAUGCUGGACCAAUACGCCGGAUAUUUAGGACUUUUAGGAAUCCAUGUGGAUGGAGUCAAUAACGACAUAACCAAAAGAUUAUGUAUAAUAAUGGGUGAUGUGGGAUCAUCUCAUUUUAUUCUGUCGCCCAAUCCUGUAUUCGUAAAAGGGGUUUGGGGUCCCUUUAAAGAUGUCGUCUUGCCCAACAUGUGGCUGAAUCAGGCUGGACAGCCUACCAGUCAAGGACUAAUCCAGCACAUUAUUGAUAAUCAUCCCUCCUCAACGGAGAUAAGGAAAAAGAGCAGAAUGCACAUUCAAAAAUACCUGAACAAACUUUUGAAAGUGAAGGCCCAGCAGCGCAACUUGAAAUGCCGAUCGUACUUGACCAGGGACCUGCACAUUUUGCCGGACUUCAACGGCAACAGGAGCCCACUGGCCGAUCCUUUAAUCAGGGGAAUGGUAACAGGACUGUCGAUGUAUCCGAAACAAGAAGAUCUGGCGAUACUAUAUCUGGCCACCUUGCAAGCUUUAACGUAUAGUACGAAGAACAUCAUAAACACGUUAACCCACUACGGACAUGAAAUAAAAUCAAUUUUUGUCAGUGGCACUAUGGGAAAAAAUAGUUUAUUUUCGAUAUUGCAAGCUGAUGUUUGCAGGGUGCCGAUGGUAAGUCCGGACCAGCCAAAUAACAAUUUAAUAGGAGCAGCAAUUUUGGGCGCAGUUGCCUCUGGUCACUACAGGACCUUCAACGAAGCCACAACCGCUAUGGGAGGCAAAGGCAAAAUCUAUAAACCUGACGAGCACAAAGAACUCAUCGAUUAUCACAACCGGAAAUUCGAGGUGUUUCUGAAACUGUACGAGCAUCAGCUUCAGUAUAGGUCGAUAAUGAGCGGCAGUGAUAUUACCAAAGAAAAAAUGCAAAUAAAAUAAUUAUAGUAUGUUUGAUUAUCGUAGAUUUGUUUCAUUCUUUGAAUAAAAAAAAUAUUGUAGCAUAUGAACAAAUUCAAUAAUAUUAAUUGUUAGAAAAUAUUUCGAAGCUAUAUUUGACUCGUUGCCGGCAGUACUGUAUCGAUAUUCGGUUCUUCCAUCGUCAGCCAGUACGGUCGCUUUAUUUAUUUAAAUAAAAAUAUUUAUU